AUGGGGUUAAUAAAGAGAAAGUUGACUGACAAAAAAAUUCUACUUGUCCUUGAUGAUGUGAGUGAUAUUAGGCAACUUGAAAAUUUGGCUCCAAAGCAAGGAUGGUUCAGUGAAGGGAGCAUAAUAAUAAUAACAACUAGGGACAGGCAUUUGUUAUCAUCACAUGGUGUAUCUGCUGUGUAUGAAUUCAAAUUAUUGAGUGAUAACGAGUCCCUUGAACUUUUCCUUGAAAAAGCUUUUAAAGAAGAGCAUCCUAAUGAAGAUUAUUUGAAACUUGCUAGAACUGUCAUUAAGUAUGCUGGAGGCCUUCCUUUAGUGCUCACAGUGUUAGGUUCAUCUCUUUGCAAAAGAACUAUAGUGGAAUGGAAAGAUGAACUAGCUAAGUUCAAGAAAGUUCCUCCAAAGGACAUUUUGAAGAUACUUCAAGUGAGUUUUGAUGGACUGGAUGAUCAGGAAAAAACCAUAUUCUUGGAUAUUGCUUGCUUUUUCAAUGGGAUGGACAAAGAUCAUGUCAUACAAAUUUUAGAAACUUUGGAGAAGGAUCUUCACCCAGAAACUGGGAUAAAUGUUCUCAUUAAGAGAUCACUAAUAACUAAUUAUGAAGGGCAUUUGUGGGUGCAUGAAAUUCUCCAAGAUAUGGGAAAAUAUAUUGUUUAUCAAGAAUCACCUUAUGACGCCGGCAAGCGUUCAAGGAUUCCUCUCCCAAGCCUAAAGUCUCUUGAUCUAUCUCAUUCAAAAUACCUCAUCAAAACCCCAAAUUUUGAUGGAAUUCCUCAUCUUGAAAAGUUGAUUCUUGAAGGGUGUUCUAACUUGGUUAAAAUUCACCAGUCUCUUGGGCAACACAAGAAACUUGUCAUUGUUGACUUGAAAGAUUGCAAAGAAGUUAAAACCCUUCCAAAAAAAUUUGAGAUCAAUGGCUUGGAGACUUUUAUUCUAUCGGGUUGUUCAAAAGUUAGAAAACUUCCUGAGUUUGGAAAAGAUAUGACCCAUCUAUCGAAGCUUGAUUUAGAGAAGACUGGUAUAGCCAAACUACCUCAAUCACUGGGCAAUUUGAUUGGCCUCAUUGAAUUAAAUUUGAGGAACUGCAAAAAGCUGGUCUGUCUUCCAUGUAGUGUUAAUAAGUUGAAAGCUCUCAAAGUUAUAAAAAUUUCUGAAUGCUCAAAGUUUUCAAGGCUGCCAGAGAAUUUGAAUGAAAAUGAAGCUUUGGAAGAGCUGGAUUUGAGUGGGAUUGCUAUAAAAGGGUUAUCAUUUAGUGACUGCAAUGAUGAAGCACAAUUUUCAUCAUCAUGGAGUUGCUUCUCCCUUCUUCAAAGGCCAUCAAGCUCAACAAAUUUUAUGCUGUUGCCGUCUUUGUCAUCAUUGACACAUUUACGUUUAGUAAACUGCAAUCUCCAUGAUGCAUCACUUCCCGAUGACAUCAGCAUGUUAUCAUCAUUGGAAAUUUUAGAUCUAAGUGGAAACAAUUUCAUUGACUUACCAUCUGGCCUCAUUUCCAAUCUUUCGAAGCUUAAGGAAUGCAAUGGAAACAAGUCACCAAGGAUGAAAAUAAGCAAGUGUGGGUGGCGAGCGGUGUGUAAAGAAGAUGUUGAAGCAUGGCGAAGAACAGGGGACGAAGGUUGUAGUAUCAUCAAUAACUACGUGAAGAUUGAUCCAGACAUCAACAGUGGAGGUUAUAGUCCCCGGCCGAGACCUGAUGAUACUGUUGUAGAAGUGGAUGGCGCCUAUUCUCAUUUAGAUGACAAAGCAGCUUGUGGAGGCGUUCUUAAAGAUGGCAACAAUUGUAUGAAGGAGGCUUUUCUUCUGAAAUUAAGUGGCGGAGAUAUCCUCACAGCCAAACUAUGGGGUUGCUUGAUGGGUCUCAAAAGCGCUUGGGACGCUGGUACUGGAGAUGUUAUCUUGAGAAGCGACUCCGCUGAGGCUGUUCGAUUGAUCAAAUUUGAAGUCCCUGAGACGCACAAGGAUAUUGCUCUCAUCAUGGAAAUCAAAGGGAUGUUAGAGUGGGAUUGGUUUGUGGAUAUCCAGGUCUUUCACAGAGACGGCAAUGGCAUUGCUGAAUUACUUGCUAAAAGAGCACUUAAUGGGGCAAUGGGUCUGCAAAUACUGGGCCCCAGACAAUGA